AUGGCUUCCAAGUGCCUGAAGGCCAGCUUCUCAUCGGGGUCUCUCAAGGGCCCAGGAGGGGCCGGUGGCGGCUCCGCUCGCGUGUCCGCAAUGUACUCCAGCAGCUCCUGCAGGCUCCCCAGCCUCUCGCCUGGGACCCGCAGUUUCUCUGCGUGCUCAGUGGGGCUGGGCCGGAGCGGCUGCAGGAUGGCCAGCUGCCUGCCCGCUCUUUGCCUCCCGUACGGGGGCUUUGCCACCAGCUCCAGCGUGGGUGGGGGCUGGUUCGGGGAAGGCGUCCUCAGUGGCAGCGAGAAGGAGACCAUGCAGUCCCUGAACGACCGCCUGGCCAGCUACCUGGAGAAGGUGCGCCAGCUGGAGCGGGAGAAUGCCAGCCUGGAGAGCCGCAUCCGGGAGUGGUGUGAGCAGCAGGUGCCCUACCUGUGCCCCGACUACCAGUCCUACUUCCGGACCAUCGAGGAGCUCCAGAAGAAGACCCUGUGCACCAAGGCCGAGAAUGCCAGGCUCGUGGUGCAGAUCGACAACGCCAAGCUGGCCGCAGACGACUUCAGAACCAAGUACGAGACGGAGGUGUCCAUGCGGCAGCUGGUAGAGUCAGACAUGAAUGGCCUGCGCAGGAUCCUGGAUGAUCUGACACUGUGCAAGGCUGACCUGGAGGCCCAGGUGGAGUCCCUGAAGGAGGAGCUGCUGUGCCUCAAGAAGAACCAUGAGGAGGAAGUCAGUGCCCUGCGGUGCCAGCUGGGGGACCGCCUUAAUAUUGAGGUCGACGCUGCACCACCUGUGGACCUGAACAGGAUGCUGCAGGAGAUGCGGUGUCAGUAUGAGACGGUGGUGGAGACCAACCUCAGGGACGUGGAGGAAUGGUUCAACAUGCAGAUGGAGGAGCUCAACCAGCAGGUGGCCACGAGCUCCGAGCAGCUUCAGAGCUACCAGUCAGACAUCAUCGACCUGAGACGAACGGUCAACACACUGGAGAUCGAGCUGCAGGCCCAGCACAGCCUGAGGGACUCUCUGGAAAACACCCUGGUGGAGACCGAGGCGCGCUACAGCUCCCAGCUGGCCCAGAUGCAGUGCAUGAUCACCAACGUGGAGGCCCAGCUGGCCGACAUCCGCUGUGACCUGGAGCGGCAGAACCAGGAGUACAAGGUGCUGCUGGAUGUCAAGGCCAGGCUGGAGUGUGAGAUCAACACGUACCGGGGCCUGCUGGAGAGCGAGGAUUGCAAGUUGCCCUGUAACCCGUGCUCCGCACCCUCCUGUCCCCCUUGUGCGCCUUCCCCCAGCGCAGCCCGCACCGUCUGCGUGCCGCGCACCGUCUGCGUGCCUUCCGCGCCCUGUCCUCAGGUCCGCUACUGAAAGUCCCUUAGUGUCGGUGGAUCCUGGACAGACUGGAGCUGGGAGGCUGGAGCCUCCUCAGGCGGCGGCGUCUGACCCUCCAGUUCGGUGGCCAGCAAGGAAGCCCUCCAGCUGGGAGGUGGGCUGGGUGCUACAGGCUCUGAUCAGCCCCGGGCGACUCGGAAAACUGCCUCUCAC